CCAUAGCUACACAAUCGGGUCGGGUCGGGUCUCGCGGACCUCUGAGACGUUGGGUUGAGAAUUUCGAGAACCCAUCCACGCAGAAACAAACACCACAUUCCAUUCGCCAUAGUUGCAAUGGUAAAAUCAAAAUCAUAAUCCAGGGUUUGUUGCGGAGGGAGCGUAGAAGCAAUGGCGCUGAGAAGAUUCUACAAUGAGAUAAAGGGGAAGAAGGUGAGCGAGGUUCCGGAGCAUGUGAAGCCGAUGCUGUCUUUGAAUUACAUAAAGAGAGCGAUUCAGCGAGGCAUGGGCAACUACCACGCCAAGUACAUCGAGACCGAUUCUCCCGAUCCCAUUUUCCAUGUCUGCUUUGGCGGCAUGAUCUUCUCCUACCUCGUCGCUCUCCCCCAUGAGCGCCGCCACCUCGAGCGCGCUCAGCAGCACGCUCAGCAGAACCACUGAUUCCUUCAGCGAUUUGUUAUAGGUUUAGCGAAUGGGGCUAAUCCUUCUUCUCCGAAUGCAGUUGGGAGAGUUGAGAAUCUUGAACAGCAUUGUGUUUAAAUGAGGAUACCUGUGGGGUAACAGGAAAAAAAUGUUUUUUUUUUAUUUCGAUGUUUUUGUGAUUUGAAAACUUACAGCACUGAAGAUGAAAACGCGAAACAGAUGGAAAAACAAUGUCUGUCAUAUUUUUUACUUUUAUUUCAGAGUUUUUUUGAUGGAAUAGGGAACUUGAAAACUAAUCAACAGUUCGUGUUGGUAGAGAUGCUACAUCUCAUGUUCAAGUGUCUGGAACAUGAUUGUAUCCAAAGAAGGAGGAUGUAUAUGGGAAGGCAAGAAAAAAUGUCACUUUUUUUCUGCAAUUUCAGAGUUUUGUGAUGGAAUAGUAUACCUGGAAUAACAUUACUAAAAUAAGAUAAGAUGGAAGUAUUGAUGACAUUGAAAUUGAAAAUGGUAAACAAAUAAACAUUACUUGUGUUUGUUCUUUAUUGUGAGUGCUGUUUUGUUUUAUAUCUGGUUUUUGAUAUCUACGUAAUUUAUUCUUGUUUUUGUUAAGCUGGACAUGGUUGACUAGUUUUUUAGGUAUAAUAAUAGAUGGCCCACAACCCACAAAUUAUUAGGGCCUCUUUAUUAGUGUUAGUUACAGCUGUUAGCUAGGAGUGUAUAAGAUUACAACUGAAAGUGUUAGGUACAGCUGUUAGCUAGGAGUGUAUAAGAUUACAACUGAAAUUGUUAGGGUGGAAGAGGGAGUAUUGUAAGACCCAAGCAAAAUACAUGAGAUAAAAUAAGAUAAUAGAUAAUAAAUGGUGUCAACACCCAAUUUACCCAAUUUUGUCUGGAUGGAUAGAAUUUAUUUUGAAAAAUUUCAGGGAAAGAGAAAGAGAGGGGUAACAACCUGGCCUGACAAGUUGCCGGGCUUAAAUGUAUAAAAGGGUUCCGGCUGAGUUGUAACAUAACUUGGUCGAGUUGUAUCGAAUCUUGACUGGGCUAUGUUAAUGAAGUCAGGUUGUUACUUUGUCGGUGGUUGACCUAAUGGAUACCGAGAUGUUGGAUACGGAGAUUAUAGUAUCUCUUAUUGAAAGAAGGGAGAGCUACUAGGUGUAGAGGAAGAAGGACAUUCUUCUGAUCAAGAAAGUAGUGGGAAUCAAGGUAAAGGAAACUAAUUAUAUGUUUUUUUUUAUUGAUAGUAGAUUCUUUGAAGUAUCAUAAUAUCAUAUUUUAGCAAACUUGGAAUCAGUGUCAAAUCUUGGUCGAGACGUUACCCGACCUUAGUUGAACUAUGUCCAAUCUUGGUCGAGAUGUUUCUUGACCUUAGUCUAACUCUGCUAGAUAUUGGCCAAAAUGUUUCCACACCUUAGUCAAACGGUUUCUAACAUCAGCUGACCUGUUUUCAGAUCUUGGCCGAAAUGUUCCCAAACCAUAGCUGAACUGUGUCGGACCGUGGCCGACCUAUUUUCAGAUCUUGGUUGAACGGUAUCUGACUUCGGCCUACAUGUUUUCAGACUUAGUCAAGUUGUAUCCAACCUUGACUGAACUGUGUCCGAUCUUGGCCGAGAUGGUUUCAAAUCUUCACCAAGUUGUAACCGACCUUGAAUUGUAUCCGACCUUAGUCUAGUUAUAACCGAACUUGGCCAAACUAUGUUCGACCUUGGCCGAGAUGUUUUCGCUUCUUGAUCGAGCAGUAACUGACUUUGGCCGAACUGUAUUCGAUCUUGUUUGACCUUGGCCGAGAUGUUUUUACAUUUUGGCUAAGAUGUGGGAGAUGUUUCAAGCCUUGGCCGAGUUGUGUUCGACCUUAGACAAGCUAUAUCCAACUUUGGCCGAGCUGCAUUAGAUCCAUUAUUUCCUAGAUAUAUCAUGUGAUUUUGUAAGAGUUGAUGCCUUGCAUUGAGACCAUUUUGUGUGAUGAACUAAGGUGUGAAAUCAUGUGUGGUUGCAUUGUUGUUUUGAUGACAUGUUUUGAGUUACAAUAUGAUCAUGAAUCUGGUUAGAAUGUUGGUUGUGGAAUAUGAUAUGAUUUCUAUAUUGCAUAAUGAGUUGGUUGAUGAAUAUGAACAUUGUAUGUGUUUGGCAUAAUUCAAGGGAUCUUGUGAAAAGAUUUUAUGGUGGCAUUUCAUUAGUGUAUGUAUUGAUAUCUGGAUUCAUUAUUGGGGUUAUCUUGACACUCUAACAAUUAUCCAAUCUCAAGUAAAGAAAGGUGGGUACAUGAUGAGAGGAGCAAUAGGUCCUAGUUUAAGAGUUUUAUCUUGGCAAAAUAUUUUAUGUAUACUAAUAACCUUAUGUCGGCCUUAUGAAUGAUCUCUUUGCAUAUUAUCUCACUUUUGCUUUUGUGUUUGUUUCUUUUUAUUUGUGUGUUUUCUUUGUUUACAAUGAUCACUGAUGUGAGUAGAGGAGGACGUGAUAGUUAAUCCAGUGCAGGACUCGGUGAUGCAACGAUGUAGUGUUUGGAUGACCUAGUCACAUAUAAGUUUUCUUUUGGAAAAACAAUAUUUUACUUUCGACCAUUAUAAUAUUUCAUUAGUUGUGUAGAAUCUUUGUAAGUAUUUAAAUAUUACAGUUAUAUUUUGGAUAACUGCAAUAGUUUUAUAUUAGUGAAUGAUUUGUUUUUA